GUCUGUGGUAUGCACCUCAUCAUCGAUUCGCGGAAGAUCUUUGCCCAUCCAAGCUGAGACCUGACUCUGGGGCCAUCUGCUCACGUCAGCACUCAUGGAGGAGGCCACGUCGCGGAUGAGAUGGCUGGCUGCGUCACGGCAGUGCAUGCCUGCCGCAUCCAGCCAUCCGAGGGGUACUCAUGCCCUCUGGUUGUGGCGGCUGGGUCAGCGGCGGUUCAAGACGCGGGUUCAGCAGGCCGUCAGGAUUGGCCAGAAGAACCUCAGGCAGCACAUGAGAAGGGUCAGCCGCCCGCCGACACGAAGCGAUGAAUCACUGGAUGCAUCCCAUCUCAUCUCUCGCUUGUUCUCUGGUGGUACCAUCGCAGGCUCUCAACCGUGAGGACCGUCUGAUAAUGCAGGAGCGUCGUGUGGAGCGGCCAUACCGCUACCACAUGGUCAAGCACGUCACCGACCCGUCAGUGGCCUCCCGCACCUCCCUAGGGAGCGGCCUGCGGUCUGCCGGGCAGGCCAUUCGGUAUUUGAGCCCCUUCGGCAACAUCAAGACGGCCUCGCCCAGCGAACUGGUGCAGAUCGCAACUAUCAGCACUGACGUGUUCAAAAGGCAUCACAGGCUGUGGUGACCAGACGGGAGGGAAGGGGGCGUGCUUGCCUGUCUGUCUGUCUAGCGGAUGUGUGUCUGGCGUGUGUUGUGUGCAGGAGUCGGAUUGCAGGUCGGUGUAUGACGCUGAUGCCCCGGCUGUCGGGCAGCGAGAUGGCGCAGCUCAUGCACUGCUUCGCCACGGUGAGGUUCCCCUGUGCUGCUCUCUUGCGGGCUGUCGUGCCUCGGAUGGACCAACUCAGGUCGGCGACCACAGCAAUGAACUGUCAUGUCAGGGCCGUUGUAUGUUUCGUGUCUGUGCGUGUGUGUGUGCAGGAUGUUUCUGAGUGGGUCUGACUAUGCGAUGAUCCUUCAUGCAUUUGCCGUCUUCGACGUUAAGGACCCACGGGUAAGUGGGUGUGCCAAGCCAAGCCAAGCAGGGAAGAGUGGGUGUACGUCAUGUGUGCAUUUCUGUAUGUGUGUGGGUUCGUGCAGGUGUUACGGCAUGUGUUGGGGGCCGCCCCGCAGUGCUUUCUGGACGAAGACUAUGCUGUGUGUAUACAACGACAGACAUUGAUGGACACCACAUGGAGCGGCGGGGCGUAGCGUAUGGGCCCCGUGCUGUGCUGUGCUGUGCUGUGCUGUGUGUUCCUCAGGGCGACUCGUCGUGUCUGCACCGUGACCUGGCUCUCCUGUGCAAAGGUGAGAGUGUGAAGCCAUCAACCCAUCCCUGCAGGCAGGCAGCACAGAUGCUCUGUCUGUCGGUCUGUCUAUCUAUCUUUCUCUGUGUGUGUGGAUUGGCUGGCUGCCACUGCUCAGCGUGUGGCCACUUCGGCGAGCAGCACAACGCCCUCCUCAACUACACCUCCGAGACCUACCGCACAUCCAUCGAUCGGUACAUCAAGGCCAUCGCAGAGAGACAGAGGUGAGAGAGAAGCCACACCACACGCCAGCCAACAUAAAAGGGGGGUCGAGUCGGCAGACAAUCUCUCCCACCAUCGCAUCGUGCCAUGCAUGUCAGGUGUGCGGCGGAGCGUGUGGGUGCUGGCCAGCUGUUUGAGCUGCCGGAUGUCGACCAGGAGGCUGAUGGUAUGAAGGAUACACACGAUACAUACACCACAUAAAUGAGGCUUGGUGGGCAGCCAGCCAGCCUUGCAAACCGUUCUCUUUUCUUCCUAUUGCUCAGACCAGGACAUUGCGCCUCCCAGCAGCAGAGACAUCAGGUGUGUGUCCGUUUCACACACAUCCAUCCAUCCAUCCAUGGCUCCAUCAAUGACUUGCUGUGUUUGGCGUGUGUGCACUGCAGCCACGUGGUGGGUGCCUUCAGCCGGCUGCAGGUCAAGGACGAGCCCCUCUGUGCAGCCGUCAAGACACUCAUCACACGCACCACACCACCACACAAACCGGUUGCCCCGGCCGGUGGUGCUGCCGGCACCUACUGGCUCGCCGCUGACCGAUAUGAAUACGCACACGCGUGCAGCAAUCGACAGACGUCACCACCCGUACAAGCGGCCGCCGGUGGUGGCGAUGAGAGCGUCAUGGGGCUGCGGGAGCAAGGGAGGGGCGGUGGCUCGGUGUACAGGUGGGGUGUGGGCGAGCUGACCAGGACGGUGACGGCCAUGGCGGACUGUGGAUAUGUCGAUAAGGUAGGUGGGCGGCAUGUGCGUGUAGUGUUUUGUCUUGUCGCCUUGUGUUGUGUUGUAUUUAUUAUUUGUCAGGAUGUGACGGUGCGGUGGAUGGAUGGAGUGCGAAAGACGCUCCACACGCUCGACAUUGAGACGACGUAGGGCUGGCUACACACUCACGAACGAACGAACAGCUCGGCAAUCCUGCAUCCUGCGUCCUGUGUCCUUGGUUGUUUGAAUCAAUGGUGCAGAGUGGAUGUACUGAGGGCCGCUGACCGCCUCGGUAAUCAUAUUACCUAUCCUUCCCACCGACUUUGCACUGUGACAUGUAUCUCAUGCCGACUUCUGGCUGGCUGCAUGUCAUGUCGUCAGGUUGCUACAGCCGUUGGCUGCUGCGGAGAGUGUACAAUCGCCUCUACAAGAUGAUGCACACUCGCACGCCACCUCCACUUGAGGUGUGUGUAGUGCAUGCCAGAACUGACGCCACACCAGGCCGCACCGCACCGCACACAGUGGUGGCCUGGCCGUGUGUGUCCCUCACACAGGUGACGCUAGACCUGCUCGAUAUCUACGGGCAGCUGCCAUAUGCACACGCCGGCCUCUCGUGGGAACUCCAUCGCCGGGUCGCCCGGAUUGGGGCAUCGUGGACGGCUGCCGCACUGCCCCCGCUGCCCAGUGACCCCACACAAGACGACACACGCCUGUUCCUGCCAUCACCCUGUGGACCCCUACUGCCACACCCACAGCCAGGACUACCAAAUAAGGACCCUCGUGUCUCUUCAUUGGCGCCACCAGCAGCGGUGCACGUGGCGAGCGGCCUGUCGUCAAGUGUUGUUGCUGUCGAGGAUAGGGUGUAUGUGCCGACGACGAGUGUUGUGGGUGUCGGCAGGGGUGCGGUGUUGCCGUGGCGGCCAGUGGAGUUCUACUUCCCUGACAAAGUGCCACAUGCACUGCUGCCCAGAAUACUACAGGUCAGUGCGCUGUAGUGACCUUGUGCCACAUUCUGGUCAUGUGUGAUUGGUGAGAUGAUAGAGGGAUGGAUAGAUGUGGACGGACGGAUUCUGGUGCAUUCAUUGUCCAUUCGUUCAGGCGACUGUGGGUGUGUUUGGCUCCAUGAAUGCCCCCAUCCCGGUGUCUCAGCUGGCCGAGCAUCUCAACAAGGCCGCCUUCGCGGGGCUGCCGACUUCUCUGCUGGUCAAAAACCAUACACACCUAGGCAACCACAUAGCACAACAUCCAUCCAGAUGGAUGGAUGGAUGUAUGACCCUGUCUGUGUGCAGCUUGAUGUGAUGGAGUCAUGCAACGACCACAACGGCCAACAGCAGCACCAACAGCACCAGCAGCAGCAAGACCCAUCCACCCCCUCUACCAACCUCUUCGAUGCCCUCCCCAAGGUGUGGCGUGCUCUCGACCGCCGGAUGGCCACCUACCUCAGGCUCCCACCAGACGGCGGCAAUGGUGCACAGCCUCAGCAAGGAGAGUCCCCCGUAUUCCAGAGCGAGGGUGUGGGGCUGCGAGAGGCAUGUCGAUACGCGAGGGUGAUGGCCGGGCGGCUGGGGAGGGUGGGUGGGGGCGGUGGCGAUGACGGUCCGAUGGAUGCCAUGAGGCGCCGCUUGGACGGCACCAGGGCCUGGAUUGUGGACCGACUCAACGACCAAACGGUGAGGGAGGAUAUCUGCAGAGAUACAUGUGAACAUAUUAUUGAGGGGAUAGGGUGGUGCGUUCGUUCAGCCCCACCAAUGGCGGACAGUCGACGAGGCGAUCGAUGUGUUUGAGUUCGCCCUCACGCCCUUGAUGCAGCACGGUAGUGGCCAUGUUGACGUGGCGGCAUCCCCCACUACUGCUGCUGCUGCUGGUGCCGUUGAUGCGUGGGGCGGGUCAGUGGCUCUGGAGAGCAUCUCUGUCUUCCUGAGUGAGAACGGACCCCUCCUUAACAAAGCCCAUGUCCAACGACUGCUGAUGGUGAGCCAGGCAGCACACCCACACGAACCAGUCAGGAGCUAUGUCUUCCUCUCUCCCACCCAGGUCGCCUUCACGGCCCUCUCCCACCCGUCGCUCCAAGACAGCAUCGGACGCCUCACCUCCCAAUUGCACCUGACGACAGCAGAGUCAAGCCAACUACAAUCCUUGCUGCAGUGGGUGCAGGCCCUUGCGUCGAUCGUAUCGGCGGUGAUCCACCGGCUCCACGAGCUGAUGCCCAUCUUUCCCUCUCCAUGGCUCGCCAUGGCCGCGGCAGAGAGCAGCCACCUGGUGCGGCUACUAGAUGGCCUCCAUGGAAACCUCCCUGCAGAGCAUAGUGGGUGGCUGGCGGAGCUCUAUUUCUCGAGCACGAUGCAGCUUGCCCAGGACUGUCGGCGGCUGGUACUGCGGCCGGUGCUGACGCGGCUUGCUGAGAGCCCUGCACUGCUGCUGCCGCUCGAUGCCACCACGCUGAUGUGCCUGCACACGGCACUGCAGUCGAAGGGCGAGGCGUCUGCCGCCAUCAGGAGACUGUCGUGGAACGCGCUCAGGUCAGCCACACCGAUGGAAAGAAAGUUCAUACGGCCUUCCACCCUUGUUCUGUGUCUGUCAGGUUUCCCCAGCUGGCCGCGAACAAGGCUGGCGGCCCCUUCACCGACCUUGCUCGCCACCGUGUCAGCCCACGGGCAUCAGGAGAACCACCAGCUGAUGCUUCUGCGGCACCCACACACGAAUGGGGUGAGAGGCGGCGAUCGGUCAACGACUUGCUGUCAGCUGAGCAUGAGAUGAGGCGGGGAGCGGCGUGGUCAGCCACACCUGCUGCCGCUGGUGGUGGUGGUGGUGGUGGCGUUGAUGGAGUGUAUAGCUACAGUGACGUGUACAGCUUGCCGGAGUGCUUCACUGCAAGUGGUUGGAGUAGUGCAUCGUGCAGCGGGAUGGAGGGUGGGGGUGGUCAGUGGUGCGUGUGUGCGAGGGUGCUUCGGGGCAUCCGUGUGCGGGCAGUGAUGGAUGUAUGAGACAUCUGCACGGAAAAUGGGAGACACACAGACAGACGGCCAGACGGCCAGAGACGAUUAGUUAG